CGGGCGGCGGGAACGCGCUGGGAAUCCGGAACCCCAGUUCUGAUUUUCUUGCGCCCUGGUCUUUGCUGCCUUCUGGCUCUCUCCUAGGCGCACUGGAGCUAGGAGCUCAGUGCAGCGACGAACCGCAUGGACCUGAGGCUGUCCGGGCGGCCCCCAGCCGCCUGCCUAUCUUUCUCUCUCGGCAGGAUUCCUGUCUAGUCAUGACGAGAUUCUGGGUCUGCGUAGCCGGCGCUGGCUUCUUUCUUGCGUUUCUGGUUUUCCAUUCUCGAUUUUGUGCCUCUCGGCUCACGUUACCUCUUCACUUUGCUUUUAAAAUUUCCUGGAGAGCUGAGGAAGCCCUUUACCAGCUGGAUGUGGAUUGGCCUAAGUAUUCAGAAUACUUUACUGGAACAACAUUUUGUGUUGCAGUUGACUCCCUCAACGGAUUGGUUUACGUAGCCCAAGUGAAACAAAAGAGAGAGAGUGAGAUGCUGAGAAACCAGAACUGCUUUCUUGCCCAGAGUAGAAGAUCUGCAGAAACUGCUGGUGUUAAUGUUUCUGAAAUCCCACUGACUUCAGCAUGUCUGAAACCUUCUUUGUGUCGAAUAUUUUUAGUAGAAUGUGCUGCAAAACAAAGACUCUACGGUCAUACUAUUAAAAAAUACAAUUCCUUUGGUGAUCUUGUUCAAGUUUUGGGUACCCCAGGCAAAAAAGGCACUGGUUUAAAUCCCCUGCAGUUUGAUAACCCUGCAGAAUUAUAUGUAGAAGACACAGGGGAUGUUUACAUUGUGGAUGGAGAUGGAGGAUUGAAUAACAGGUUGAUCAAAUUGUCCCAAGAUUUCACGAUCCUUUGGCUACAUGGAGAAAAUGGGACAGGGCCUGCUAAGUUCAGCAUUCCUCACAGUGUUACAGUUGAUUCUGAUGGUCGGGUGUGGGUGGCGGACCGAGGCAAUAAAAGAAUUCAGGUGUUUGAUAAAGACACGGGCGAGUGGCUAGGAGCUUGGAAUAAUUGUUUCUCCGAAGAGGGACCUUCUGCAGUCAGAUUGACUCCCGACGGGAAGUACUUGAUCGUAGCCCAGCUGAAUCUGAGCCGGCUCCUAGUCGUGGCGGCGCCCCCGGUAGGAAGCAUUGGCGACUGUUCGGUGAUCAGCACGGUGCAGCUGGCGGAUCAGGUCUUGCCUCAUCUCUUAGACGUCAGCGGGAAGACUGGAGCCAUCUAUGUAGCAGAAAUUGGAGCAAAACAAGUACAAAAGUACAUCCCUAUGAAUAGCUAUUUCUCUUCAUUCGGUUCGUAACUGUUUCUUUCCCUGAGGGUCUUUCAAGUGGAAGUUCAGAUCCUCUGGGCCAUUCUUGUGACUUCGUUUCACACAUGCGUGCAUAAGGAUACUUUAAUGAAAGAAACGUAACUCUAAUGAAAAAUGGGAUGGGAAAGUGGGACUAAGGUGGUAAGUAACCCAGUAAUUUGCCCUAUAGACUCAUUCUCCCUGGCGGGGGAAAACACAGGAAUAAAAAUGGGUU